UCGUCGUGUUGUCAAAUAGGCAUUUGCAAAAAUUUUCUCUCACGCAAAAAUCACGGGAUUUUCGGGGAUUUUCCGUGCUCUCAGAGCAUUUUGCACUCUGGAAGCGACUGCCAAAGGCUCCCAAGUGCGUGACUGCGUGGCACAGUAGCGUGGAGACACGAUUGCUAGUGAUUUUUUCGUCCAAAGAAUGAUUUUGAUAUGACGUGUUGCCUCGAAGAGCAAGAACCUCCAGAAUUUCCAUAUGUCAGACGUAAAAUCCGCCGAAGCUGAUAAAGUAACUGAUACAGCGAGUGGGGAAACUGGCGAGACCGUGGGGAGGAAUGUAACAUUUCAGAAUCAAGACGCAGCGAAAUCCGCAAGGAAAUAUCACAGAAAUAUGAUUAUUUACUAUGGAAAAGAGGUAAUCUGUAUAAUCGCAUUAGUACUGACCACGUAUGCAACGCUGCAGAAUAAUGCCACCCGGACGUCGCGCCCGCCAGUGCCAAGACACUUCUUCUCAGCCGGAUCGCUGGUCAGCGACUCCCCGGAUGGACGCUUGGGCCCCACACAGACCCGCGUCACGUUGUCAGAGCUCUCAUUCGUCCUGUACUACGCUCCGUGGUGCGGGAACAGCCAGAGAGCGCGCGAGGCGUACGACCACGCGGCGCGGCUCUUCUACAGGGACGCGCAUUUCGCGGCCAUCAAUUGCUGGCAGCCGGGCGGAGAGUGCAGACUGCAGUACUCGAAGGUCCAGUCCUGGCCAGUGCUGAUGGCCUACAUGCCCGGCGGCCUGGCGGUGCAGUUCAACGGGCAGUGGCUGCCCAAGAAUCUGGUCAAGUUCGUGCGUUCGCUCAUUCAACCCAUCCAACGCGUCAGCAUUCCUAACGAGCUCCUCAAGAUGCUCACCGGACACGAUGCCGUUGUCGUAGCGUUUAUGGACAUGGAGAAACACCAGAAGGCGUACCAGAUGUUCUUCCAGACAGCCGUGAAGUUUCUCGAGCGCGAUCCCGUGCGCGAGAUGCAAUUUGCCGUCGUGACUGGAGAGUCCGCGAAGGCUUUCGGCGUGGACACAGUGCCAAGCAUUCGGCUGUAUCAAUGGAACGAGACACUUGAGUACUUCAACUCUACAUGGACAGUGCCCAAUAUCACAUCCUGGAUCGUGGAUCACAAUCAGCAAGUGACUCUCUGGAUGUCACCGCCGGGCACCAAGUCCAAGGUGUUCGCGCAGUUCAUCAAGCAAGGCGCUGGGCUGCUUCUGUUCACGCCCAGGAACUUCUACUGGGACUGGACGGACGGCUACACGAUGAUGCGACAGAUGGGCAUGGAGUACUACAACUGCCUCGGCGACAAGUGGAUCAACGAGAUGUCGCGGGAGUUCAUGACGUACCAGCGGAAGGAUCAUCACUACAAUCACGUGGAGUUGAAGGACAUGUGUGAGGAUCUGGUGAGGAGGCUGCAGCGCCAGAGUCCGUUCGGUAGUGCAUCACAACCGCCACGGCAUCGCUCGAUCUCUGUGCACUUCGUCAAUGUGCUCAACUCAUCCAAGAACGUGGAAAGUGACCUGUUGCGGGACAUUUGCCACAUCGAGGAGGACGCCGUGUCCAAGUAUACACACCCCGAGGCGCCUUCGUGUCACUCGCGGAGCGUGCAGAGUGAGAGGCGGCAUUGCGACGGAGACUUCUUCGAGGAGUUGUCCAGUCACGCGCAGCCCUCGAUGAAUCCGUACGACAAGCGGAGUCCUGAGGGCUUGCGCAGCAUCGCGCACAGGCGACAGUGCGAACUUCUGUAUCACGGCGAGAUGAUCCAGGAGGCGAUCUUCUUCAAUGCCAGCCAAUCGAGCGCCGACCUGGCAGAAGGUUUCUCUGGAUUGGCGUGCAAAUACAACAAGACAAUGUCGUUCAUCGUGAUCGACAGCCUGACUUAUCAUCCGUUCGCCGAGCGCCUGGGCGUCGAUGUUCUGGCCCAGAAGGACAAGAGUGCGGUCUUUAUCAUUGACCCCGAGAAUGAAUCGACAUACUUGAUGAAGGAGGAAAUCUCGCUGAAGAAUAUCAUGCAAUUCGUGCGGAACUUCUUCCAGCGACGUCUCAACAGACACCUCAAGACUUCAGACGCGCCCACGCGAUUCACCCACAUGUACUCGAACACCAAUCACACUGGCAUUAACUUCCACGUGGUGUCGGCGAGGAGCUUCGUGGAGAGUGUAUUGGAGUCCUCGAGUACGGAUGUGGUGCUGUUCACGUCCACAAAUUGUGCCUUCUGUACGAUGAUGUCGCAAAAUGUGCUGCAAGUGGCGCAGAUCCUGGGCAAAAUUUCUCACUUGCGCUUCCUCAGCAUCGACGGCGACCGUAAUGAUUUGCCGUGGCAGUACCAGAUGGAGUACUUUCCCACGUUGGUCGUCUUUCCCGGUCACAGCAAGGCCGAGUCGCGCAUCUUUCCCAUGAAUCUGCCCGUGACUGUGCAGAACAUCCUCAGCUUCGUGGUGGCGAAUCUGGAGCGCUCCAGUCGCCUGCAAGCCAUCGUGCUGGCGUGUCGCGCAUCCAAGAAGAUACCCUCGCUGGAGCAUUGCAUCGACGUGCUGCGCGUGGAGGUGGAGGAUGACAUCUCGGAGAGCCUGAGGCAGUGGCGAUUGAGGGCGCACAAGCGCUCCUCCAUUCUCAGGCGCCUGCAGCUCCUGCGCGAGCUGUACUUGCAUUUGUACAAGACAAAUCAAUUCUGUGAUUUUAAGCAAUUAGAACAGUCGGUGAGGCGCAUUGUUAAGAUUUGGAGUUGAUGAAGAAUGUGAAGCCUUUGUUAUGAAAUUGCUCUGUUUUUUGCCUGAAAUGAAAUGAGCGGACGUGAGUUAGUUCCAAAUG